AUGAAGCAUUACUAUUACGUGCGAAAGAGUGCUUUGCCACAAUUGCAUUUUUGGCCACACUUGGUUGUAUACCUCGACGCUCCUGUCAACAAACUUUUAGAAAAUAUCAAGGCCCGAGGAAACGCCGACGAAAUCGCUGCUGUAGAUGAGAAAUACUUGAAGACAAUAGAAGCUUCGUACAAGGAUUCACUCAAGGAAUAUAGGAGACACUCGAAAAUCUUAGCAUACGACUGGACGCGACCUGGUGAUGCUGACACAGUCGUUGAAGACAUCGAACGCAUGGAUUUUGACUUCUUCGAAUGGCACUCCGGAGAUGUAAUGGAGGAGUGGUUUACUUUGGUAGAUGAAGUUGGAUGGAAUGGUUGGCGGCAGCAUGUGACAUCAAAAGUUGACGCCAGAAUGUAUGCAUUCGGAGGGAUGUCCACUCAUGAAGUUGGGGAACUCUACAUCAACCCACGCGAUGCUGGUCAUUUUAUGCAAGUUAUGCGCAAAGAGGUACUCAAAUCACCGUACGGAUAUGGGUUCAUUACGAAAAAUGGAGACCACAUGACUGGUAUGAUGAACUGCCGAAAUGAGCAUUAUCUUGCUGAGCCGUGGUACGAAUAUUACUAUAAGGAGGCGUAUUAUGACGAUAUGUCGUCGAUGGAGGCAUCAUUGGACCCUCAUGCCGAUUCUUAUGAUCCCGAUUACGUACACGCCCACCAUUGA